AUGACUGCUAUCCUCUUGUGGCAGGAGGCGAAUAAGCAGUUCUGGGAAGCAAUCUCUGACCUCACGAUGAUGUGCCACUUACUGCGCAGCAUUGCCAUGACCAUUUGUGGAAUGGUUGCUUGGGAGGUCGAUGCGGAGGUUCAGGUGCACGCCAAGAGGGUGAUACGGCUGCUGGCGCUCUACUCCCUAGCCGUCCGGGAGUUCUUCCAGCGCACUGGCAAGAAUGCCACGACGAGUUCGGAACAGAUGGACCGACUACGACAAGAUGUGGCAGCAUUGGCAGGUGAUACAGAAUGGUCCAUUCUGUAUCCUGGAGAAGACAAGCGUGUCUCAGGCUCGACUUCCUCCCAUGACACCACUCGACCAUCCAUUAUUCUCUUUUGGGUCACGCUCUCCCUGCGUAAGAUCAUGGACUACAAAGCAACCGAAGCACCAAUCAUGAAUGGUUUGCUCACGCAGCUGGCUGCCGUGGGCUCCUGCUUCUGGAAUAUGGACAAGAUUGACAAGACGCAAUUUCCAUUUCCGUACUGCCAGGUUGUGAAAUGGCUCACGAUCGUUUUUCUCGGCAUCCUUCCCUUUAGCAUUGCCGGAGUCUGCGGCUGGUGGACACUACUGUUCUCGGCAAUUGCAGCAAUUGGUUUCUUUGGCUUGGAUGAAGUGGCUGAGAUCCUCGAGUCGCCAUUUGGGAAUGACCCCAAUGACCUCGACCUACGUGAAUAUUGCGAUGCUCUGAUGUCAGACAUGGAACUCAUAUGCCAGUGUCGAGAGUUGAAGCUGGACUUCGUUCUGAAAGAGAACGAAAAGGUCGACUUCUCCCAUAUGCUGGCGGACUUUGACAAACAGAAGCAGUUUCAUCAGCAUUUCAAACGGCAAUCUGUUGCCUUGGCAAAAUCGAGCGACCUCUCACGCGAUGGUGAGUCACCAGAGGAGGCUGGCAGCCCCGAGCCAAAGAAGGAUGAUGGCAUCCGGGGAGAAGACCUGGAUUCUGUGAUGCCCGGAGCUGUCCACACGUAA